AUGAAUAAGGGUCUUACAUUCUCUCGUAUGCUGAGGCAGUCAAAGUUUGUACAACUUGGCGACUUCAACGGACGAUUGGUGACGGGUCGCAUCGUGCACCGUGUUCAGGAUGAUCUCUACAUCGAUUUUGGGUUGAAGUUCAAUGCCGUGUGCAAGGCUCCUCCAGUAAAUUCUGAGGCAUACCGAGAAGGGGCAACCGUACUGCUUCGACUACACGAUCCUGAGUUGAGCGAGCGAUUCUUAGGAUCGAAGCAUGACUUAACUUUGCUGGAAGCCGAUGCAACGUUGGUGCGGCUACUACGUCCCGCUUCCGGUCGAGGUAAAGGAGAUCUUUCUUCAUUUCUUCAUAGUAUGAUUUUUUGUUGGGUAACAGAGCUGGUGGGCUGUUCCCUAAGUGCAUAG